AUGGCCGAAAGUAUCAUUUUAAUCCAAAGGCACAUCUCUGGAUCUAUCCCGGCGCACAACACAACCCCGAAGGAUUCGCAAGCGUCAUCGCCUGCGACUUCAGCAGGUCUUCAGCAAUACUCGUCGGCAAACAACAAUGCCAGGCCAGUCUCGAACACUCCCGCACAGUCUAGGCCUUCGUCUAGAUCCACGCCGAGGACUCCAGGAACAACGCAGCCAGGGUCUACCAAUAACAUCCCAACCCUCCUUUGGGACAGGCUGGAGGCAUUCCGUGGGGACCCGACGUUUCGACGGGGCGAACAUCAGCGUGGUGCUUCUGCUCCUACUGCUGGUACAGCAGCCUCUGCUUCCGCUCAAGGGUUCGGGCCCGGUAGCCGUUCUAGGACUGGUGCCGGUCGUGGUGCUGCUCCUCCCGCUGGUGUCGCAGCCGCUCCUGAACCAUCACUUGGCCAGUCUGCUGCUGCUACGGCUGAGCUGCACAGCGGAAGUACCACGCCCACGCCUGUGAAUCCUCCAUUGAACCGCAGGCCACGCGGUAAUGCAGUGAAAGCCAACCACAAAGCGAUACCCGCCCUAAGGAAAGUCCUACCUUUCAACGGGCGAAUCCAGAAUGUUGGUUUGCCGGAGGCCACUUUUGAGAAGUUGAUUUUACGCGACGAGACGUUUCUGCGAAUGCUCGACAGAACUACGAUGGAUGAUAAAAGGUCGCAGAUCUUGCAAGAGUUUUUGAGAGUUCGAUAUUCUCAAAGCAGGACGGCCGAGCUGAGUGUCCAAAGGGACCGUGACAUGAUUGCCUAUCACGAGAACCUUUUGGCGGCCAGAGUGGACGGUCUUCCUAUCAUCUUCGACGGAUUGGGGCUUGAAUCUAUGGACUGGCAGACCGAGCCAUUGGAUACGGAGGAGGGGGAACGAGUUAGAGGCGAGAAAGGUGUUGAGUCGGAUGGACGGCGACGCCAUGCUGCGCCUGAUGAUCCCACCGACAGACCUGAUCAGCCCGUCAACGACGAGCAGAUGGUACUAUAUGAGGGGGGUCGGACCGAGACGGAUUUGGAAGGAGGAGCUGGCACAGGUACGCCUGGGUUGACUUCACCUCCUACGAAUAUCGGCGAGCCACGCUCAUAG